AUGCAAUCGUUCCAUAGUUUGUGUCCAUCGAAAAUCUGCGCAUUCAGAGCCUCUUUGCAACGGGGGUUUUCUGGCAUUAGUAUUACGAGAUAUGCUUCUACCAAUGCAUCACGAGUCACCGUGAAACCUGUAGGCUCAAGAAAGACUUUUCUUCUAGACUCAUACAAGCACUUGAUGGAAAGCCAUCCAGUGGUGCUAUUUCUUCAUCAUAAUAAUCUAAUGAAGCAGGAAACAGCACACUUCCGACAGGAGAUCCAACAGUUGGGUGGAAGAAUGAUGGUAAUAAGAAAUCACCUGUUCGAAGUAUACCUCAGAAACAGCCACAGGGAUGAUCCAGCAGCGCCAGUGAAAUCUGAGGAACAAAAUUGGAAUCAUCCUCUGCUGCCACUGUUCAGAGGCCCCACAGCUGCAGUUGCUUUUAAAGAUGCAGACCCUCAUGGUGUCUCUAGGCUGUUGAAAUUGUUAGAAAAAGCUCAAGAUAAGUUGUUUGUGGUUGGCGCCAAGGUUGAAUCGGAAGUUUUUAAUGUUGAGCAGCUGCAAAAGUUUAAGUCCUUGCCUGCAAAGCCCGAGUUACAAGGCCAGUUACUCAGUGUUUUGCAUGUCCUGAGCGGAGCAGGCUUGAUUAGGACUUUGGAAGCCGGAUCCCAGGUUCUAUACUUAACCCUAAAAUCUCAUGAGGAUAACAUAAAUCCAGAAAAGAAUAAUAAGGAUGGUUCGGGCGGCAUUUAG